UCGCCCGUAUCGUUCGUUCCCCGAGAGAGAGAACGUCCGUGGCGAUCCCCCGAACACUCGACGACGGGCUGUGUGUGGUCCCGGGGCCCUUUUCUCUCUCUUUCUCACUCUCUCUCUCUCUCUCUCUCUCUCCCGGCCGGUGUGUUCCGUGCGGCCCGAUAACAGGGACGAGGCAUCUACGACUGUCGUUCGGGCUCGACAGCUUUUGGAGCGACUCACUCACCCGAAUCGACUCCGAUUUCGCGGCGCCCAGGCGCCGUCUCGUAAGUCGCGGAGUCGGGUGACCGCGGAUGAUCGAGGUCGACGUAAGAUCCUCGGCGCGCCACUCGAGUUACGAGAGAGCGGGUGCACUCGUCAUUCCGAUCGGUGCAGGCCGGACCGUCAUCUGCCAUCGGCGGGUGGGUCUCUCCGAGAGCGCGCGUGGAGACUUCGACGACCGAUACGGAGGAUGUCACGCUCCGUGGACCACCCCGGCUGCCGCGGCCGUCGCCGUGUCGUCGCGGCGGCGACGACCCUCCCGGCGAUCCUGCGGUGAGCGUCGCGUGUGCGUGUAUUCCCUCGUUGUGCGGCCGACGUAGAGCGCGACGUGGAACGACGGGCUCGUAGCGCGAAACGACGUGGUCUUUGUGGCGAGAUUGACCGGUUUUACUUGGAGUGAUGAUCGCGGAAGGAAGAGGGUCGCGGUGUUGUUGCUGACUCGAUCAGCGUGUGAUUUACCCCGAGGAGGAUACGGAGCGCGUUUCCUACGAGUGACAGUACGUCGUUUGGUGCGCGCUGCCUCUCCCUCUGUCCGCAUUUUAGACGCCCAUGGAAAUUUGUGCCAAUCACGGAUUAAUGCAUGUCGGAAAUUGCAGCAUGGGGGACAUGAGCGUCACCGGUUCAACCACGACAAGUACGAACACAGUCCAUCCUAGUGUGAACGAUAUGGACUGGUUCGCCGGUGUCGCCGAGGAAGAUUUAUUGUAUUAUACCGGCGUCGGCAACGACGUCGAUUCCCUAUGGGCUGUUAUUGGGAGCUUUGUACCGCCACCACCUAGACCACCUUAUCUACCCGAAGAGAGCAUCGCGACCGAUGGGCUCACCACCUGCGAUUUGUGUUCGUGGGCAUGGAGAAACGAUAGGCAUUCUUUUUCUCUGGACGGCACCCUUGAAGCUCCUGGAGAACUUGGAUGGGUGCUGACUCUUGUGAUAGUGUCUUUAGUAUCAGCCGUCAUCGGAGCGGUAGUGAUGAUGACUCUUCUCCAUUGUCGAAGGAUAAAAAGUGCCGGUGGCAGAGCGAGCUGCUGCGGCGUCGGCGUGGAGGACUCGAGCGCGCCCGAUGCCGGCGGACCCGCGGGGGCGGCUGGCACCGGCGGCGGGGUGGCCGUUAUACCCGAUCGGCCGCCUCUCGAAUUAGACAAAUUGCCGCCUUAUCACGACGUAGCGCCUAGUCCAGGGCACAACGUCUGGUCGUGGCUGGGCUCUCGGCGAGGCGGCGGCACCCCGGGAGUCGUCACGACGCCGCUCUCCCUGCCUCAGCACCGACGGGCGAUGAAUCUCCCGGUCGAGAAUCACUACACCCACAUGCAAACCGACGAGGCUCUGUACGCGGAACUGGACUCGCAGGCCGCGAGCUACGCGAGCGAUUUACAGUUACAAAUGAGAGGAAGCUCGACGUACGGUACGACUUCCGGCGGCCAGGACGACGAAUAUCACGAGCUGGACGCUGCCAGAUUACAUCGUCAUUAUGGAGGUAGCGACGGAUCGCUGCAGACGGAUACCCUUCGCACUCGGCACAGUAAAAGGAUACAAGAGCCGGACUACGAGAUGUACGAGAACGGGCCCUCGACGCCGGUACCGCCGAGUCAGCAUCAUCACCGCCAUCACCAUCACCACAAUCAUCACCAUCAUCACCAGGAGCUGAGGCUCGGUAGCAGGAACAGCGAGCAUCCCUCGUACCAGAACACGGCGUACACCGGAAGCGACGCCGAGCCGGACGGGCCGACCCUCAGCAGCGCACCGAGCAGCGCCUAUUACAGCGAUCUCAGCUCGAACUCGGCGAAUCAGCAAAUGCCGAGCGCGACGGCGCCGUGCGCGACGGCGAUGACGGCGACGACGACGACGACCGCCACGACGAACCUGCACCUGAACCCGCAGAAUCUGGACGCGCCGCAGUACAGACUGGCGGCGAUCAACGAGAGCACAGUGCCUUCGGAUUAUAUUUAAGAGACGACGCUUCCGGAACGGGCGACGAACAGUUUGAAAUAGGCAAAUCGCACCGACGCGCGUUCGCUUUGCUCGCCAACGAGAGGUCUUGGCGUAGUAUUUCUAAAAUUUAACUCGUCUCACGCGGGGACGAUGGGAAGUUGUCCUUGCAACAAAAAGUAGGGGUGUAAGCGGAGACAGAAGAGACGAAAGACUGUGAAAUUUUUCGUCGCUGUCGUCGUGACUCGAAAGUUUCUUCAAGACGGUGUUUCACGGUGCACGGUUAAGUUUUGCCCGUGCAAGUGGAAUUUUAAGUUUUGCCCGUACAGGAGGAAUUGAAAAGAUCACGUUUCGUAAGAGUGUUGUUUAACCGGCGGAUGUAUCGGAGACCGGUUCCGGAUAAAAUCGAUUUCUUGCUCGGCAACGCUCCACUUGCUCCUUUGUCGCCACACUUUGUGGUCCUUAAGACAAUCGACUUUCGAGACACGCGAAUCGACGGAUCGAGCGACGCGAAUCGAUCGGCAUCGCGGCGCGUUCGCCUUUGCUUUUACGCGCUAAUAAAAUACUAGGUAUUCAAUGUCUCGUAACUUUUUUUCAAGACAAAAGACAAGCGGAAGAUAAACCGGUUGGCAGGUAAGUGACCAGAGAGAAUCGCCGCUGCGUGGAAUUAAUACACGAUUAAGCGCUAGUCUCGCCAAAUCGACAAAACCUGUCAUCUCGCGACAAAAAUAUUCAAAUUGCCAGCCGCGACUGAACGCGCGAUCGCGCUCGUUAGAAUAUUGAUAAAUUUAUGUUCGCGUUUGCCUACGAUGCACGGCCGGCGCACGGAUAUUUCGAGUAACUGUGGCACCAGCUCAGGCGUGACGCUCGAUUUUCACUCGGUAAACGUAAAGCAAAAACGUAAUGAUACUGCGCACGGAGAAUCGCGCGUUGCGGUUUCCAAUCAGUAAUAACAUGCCGAGAUAUAAAU